GUUAGAUAAGAAAAUGGCCAAUAAGUAAAAUUAACAAUUAACUGAAUAAAUUUUACAGGAAUUGACUCUACAUUCGACGUUUAAAGCCGAGGCGAAAAUAAUAAUUUGUGGAGUAUUCAUAAUUCAAGCUUUGAUGUAACUUUUUUUUACACAUAUUAUAAAGUGUCGAGGUGGAAAGUGCAGCUGAUCCAGAUCAAGACAUUAUCUACAAUAUGGCGGCGCUAAUGAAACACGAGUGAUCUUGUUUGCUCUCCGUAUUCCCUUUCUAGCAGACUCCCUAAUUAAAGAAAUAAAAUAUUGAAUAGGCUAAUUCGCAGAGGUUCAAUUAAUUUUCUUAGAAUAUUAUUAACAUUGCUUUAAAAAUUCGAAGAUACGUAAAUAAACUGUUGAAAUGCCACCGAAAAAAGCUCCGGCACCAAGUAAAAAAACGGAACAGAAGAAAAAAGAAAAAGUUAUAGAGGAUAAAACUUUUGGUAUUAAAAAUAAAAAAGGUGCCAAGCAACAAAAAUUUAUUCAACAAGUAGAGAAACAAGUUAAAUCCGGAGGUAUUCAUCCACGUAAACUAGACGAUCCUAAUGUUAAGAAGCUUGAAAAGGAAAAAAAAUUAAAGGAACAGCAAGAGUUAGCCCUAAUAUUUAAACCUAUACAGCAUCAAAAAAUCGACAAAGGAAUUGAUCCAAAAUCGGUCGUUUGUACAUUCUUCAAACAAGGACAAUGCACCAAGGGUGAUAAAUGCAAAUUUUCACACGAUUUAAGUAUAGAAAGAAAAGCAGAGAAACGAUCACUGUACUGUGACGUUGAUAAAGAUGCAGAUAAGGAAACGGAUACUAUGGACGAUUGGGACGAAGAUAAGUUAAAGCAAGUUGUAGAGAAGAAACACGCGACUGGUGGAAACAGACCUACAACUGACAUCAUUUGCAAACAUUUUUUGGAGGCUGUAGAGAAAUCCAAAUAUGGUUGGUUUUGGGAAUGUCCAUCUGGUCAAAAAUGUUUUUAUCGUCACGCUUUACCACCUGGUUUUGUCUUAAAAAAAGACAUUAAAAAAGAAGAAAAGAAAGAUGAAAUAUCGUUAGAAGAUCUUAUUGAAAAAGAAAGAGCUAAUCUAGGACCGCAUCAAACAAAGAUAACCUUGGAGACUUUCUUGGCUUGGAAAAAGCGAAAACUAAGAGAAAAACAGCAACAAGCUAUUAAAGAGGAAGAGAAAAAACGAAAUGACCUUAAAGCCGGUCGCCAGGUUGGCAUUUCUGGAAGAGAAAUGUUCUACUUUAAUCCUGAUCUUGCUGCUGGUGAUGGUUCAGUAGAUGACGAUGGUGAUGAAGCGAUUGUACAUUACGAUCGUGAAGAAGACGAAGAAAAUGUAGAAUAUCGUGAACUAGAUAUAGAUCGACUUGUGUUAGAAGCAAGCCAAGUUGAUACCACUGGAAUAUGUACUGUAGCAGCUGAACAUAACAACAAAUUGAAAGAUUCUAGUCAAGUCUCUGAUUUGAAGGACAAUGUUAAUAACAAUGAAAGUGUAGUGCCUGUUGGAGAUCAAGCCAUAGCUUUAACCAUCAAUGAAACUCUCUUUAUGGAUGAAGAUUUAGAGGGCAUUGAAGAAGAAUUAGGGGAUCUGGAUUUGGAGGAGUGAUCCAGAUAUCCCCCAAUUCGUUCUCCUCUUUAUCUAAAGUUGGCUAAAUUUGAGCAUUUUGUGGCCUUUUAUUUUUUCCUCGUCUGCUCAAUGAUUGACUUAAAGUCUAUAUACGUUUGCAAUGUACAAGGUUUUGCAUAGUACUUUGCACUCGUACCUUUAAUUGAUAUUAUUCAGCAGCUGGCAUAUGCAAUUAGCGUGAAUAAAUGCUCAAUACUAUAAAUAAAUACUGAUUUUCAGUACUAUAUUUUUA